UAGAGCACCAGAGUACUUGUCUGUGCAUCCAGUCCCAUCACUGAGACACAGACUGAGUGAGAAUUCAAGAGAUUACCAGAACAGGAUCAACCAUGGGGAAUCAAAACACUCUCUUGAGACCUGAUCACUGUAAAGAGACCGGCCUUGACCUACACCUCCAAACACCAUCCUCCCACGACUGCCACAGACAGUGCCUGGGACCCCUGAGCUUCCACCCACAAACCCACGGCUCCCAGAUCACAAUGCACCCCGGCCACCACCGGGCGGAGCGGAGAGACACCUUCAGAGACGGCCUCUUGUUCACCAGCCGGCCGGUGGCGCUGAUGGAGCGCGUGACCCUGCGAGUGGAGGAGUGCGAGGAGAGCUGGCAAGGAGCUCUGCGGCUGGGCUUCACCACUCACUGCCCCUCCCGCAUGAACCCCGACUCUCUGCCCCCUGUCGCCUGCCCCGAUCUGGAGGGCCAGCCUGGGUUUUGGGCGGGGGCGAUCCCAGAGGAGUGCGCCCGGCAGGGGGAUAGGAUCACAUAUUGGGUGAACAGGAAAGGGGAGGUGCUGUACAGAGUGAACGAAGGAGACACGUUCUUGCUGCUCACAGGGGUCAAUGUGAGCAGAACACUGUGGGGGCUGAUGGACGUGUACGGACAGACACGCUCGCUGCAGAUACUAGGCUCGACGAAGAGGAGUGCGUUCGGCAUCCAAGUCUCCUGCCCUCGACACGCGCCCUUCAACCGACGAGACACCCCAGUGAACCCCCAUUUCAAAGCAGAACCCCAAACAGGGGGCGCUGAAGACUGCGUGGUUUGCCUCUCCAGUCCCGUGAGCACCGUUCUCGCGUGUGGUCACGCUUGCAUGUGUGUCCCGUGUGCGGACAACGUGUGGGACCGGAUCGGAACUUGUCCUUUGUGCCGGAAACUUAUUGAUGAGAUCACGCUAACUGGCUCAAAAUCCAAGCGAUCACAACUGGAACUGGGAGUGAGUGAGGAGCAAGAAUUAAGAAGACUGGGCGGGUUCUAGAAAUGGGAUUCCCUGGAUAAACUGCUGCUCUAUCCCCAGUCCAUCAUUUGAAUGGCGAUGCAGGCAGAGAGAGAGACAGUGGUUCUGUACUGGCUAAGGUACAAUGGCAGCACAAAGGCAGCUACAAAGGUACCAGAAGCCCAUUCCUCCCCAUUCUGUCCAGGACAUUUGAAUUUGAAGAUAUUACUAAAAAAUGAAGGAUAUUCUAAGAAGUUAUUUAAAAGCAGUGUCCCACAAUCGUGUACUGAAACAUGAUUCCUCUGUGAUCCUGUUGACUCUCCAGUUUGUUUACAUCAUGACAAUUUCAGAUUGUGACGAGUCACCUGGCAGGAUGGGACAAGCCGUGAGUCUAUACACACUGACACUCAUGAGUCGUGAUUUGAUUAAUGCAAGAGGACUGAAUACUGUUACGAAACUGAAUGCAUUGAUAUGCACCGUGCACGACCCCUGCAGGGAAUUACCACUGCUAUUGCACACAUACUGUGAACUGUGUAAAUAUUGUACAUACAAUUAGUAUUGUAUUGUGUUGCUCAAGUAUGUAUUUUUAUAAUGUAUAACACAAUAGCAGACUCUGAUAGUGAAGUGACUCAGAAUCCUGUACAUUGUUGGAAUCAGAUAAUGCCACAUUAACAGCAGUAGAUAUAUAUUUUCAAAGCGUUUCCUCUGUGCUUUAAUGAAGUCCUGUUUUUUUUUAAAGAGGUGUAACGCCUGGUUAUUUUACAAAAACAGAACCAAGUCAAAUAAUCCAAGUUCUCUUUGAUAUUCAAAAGGUGUUGGGUUUCUCAUUUUGAAACAUUUCUGUGAUUUUUUUUCUCCUUUCAUAAAGUUAAAGACUAGAGUGUAAACACUUUUAAAAAUGUGGCCUGCAGUAUUUAGUUAUUAUCAUUAUUGAACUAUAUAGAGUAUAACGCAUAGAGCACUUUGAGAUACAGGCUGCUUUACACCCCUUUGAAUGUCACAGUGACCAGAUAUCAGCUUGCAUGUACCCUGUAUGAAAUUCUAGAACCCCCAGUGUAUUGAUACGUUACUGUACUGCAUUAAGUCAUAUCGGACUCUAAAAAAUGACAUUGUAAAUUAUGACUGUUUUGUUACUUGUUAUCAUGUAUUGUGUAACUUUGUGUGAAGGACAAUUCCAUUGUGA